AUGGACCACGUGCAUCGCCCGUCGGAGCAUGUGUUUCGAUUUGGUGAGCCAGAAAAGCAAUUGAUGGACUGCGUCGUCCUCUUUGAGAGCCAGCUCCGUAUAACCGACGCUGCGUUUGGCCAAGUGGUGCAGUACCUACGCCGUCUUUUCCCAACGGGGUCCGCAAACGGAGGCUCCAAGGCGCUCUUUGAAUCGUUCGUGUCCGACCACACAUCUCCGUGGGUGCGUCUGUUGACAAGAGCCUGCUCGGCUCUGGGGGUGGACGUCGUGGAGGGCGGCGCGUUCCUCGGUCGUGGUGCCCAUGGCCGUGUGUUCAAGGUCGAGCGGAAAGCCGACAAAAAGGUGCUCGCGCUAAAACUUGUCGACUCAAGCUCCAAGACUGCUCUCUUUCGCGAGGAGUUGGCCCUGACGAAUGCCGAGCUCACAGGUUUGACGGCUCGCCUCGAGCACGGCUUCGUUGAGUUUCCAGGGGGUGCUGCGUUAUUGGUGACUCCAGUGGGGGCUCCUCUGCCUCGACCGACGACACUACAGGAAGUCGUCAACCUCUUUGACCUGCUCAGACAGCUCCAUGAGAAGAGUAUCAUCCAUGGAGAUCCCCGCGUGCCGAACGUGAUCGUCGUCAAGGACAACGACAAGGACAAGCUCCUUUGGAUUGACUUGGUGGAAGCUGUCCAGGUGACUCCGGGAUUUCGCACCACGGAUGCUGCUAUUCUCACCCGGUCGAUCCUCCGCUUACUACAUACGUCUUUGCUGGGGGAGCCCUUGGAGUCGCUGAUCAACGAGUAUGGCCAAACCCCGACGAGUGAGAACGCCCACCGAAUGUACCAUGCCAAGGAUGCACCCAUGGACCACGUGCAUCGCCCGUCGGAGCAUGUGUUUCGAUUUGGUGAGCCAGAAAAGCAAUUGAUGGACUGCGUCGUCCUCUUUGAGAGCCAGCUCCGUAUAACCGACGCUGCGUUUGGCCAAGUGGUGCAGUACCUACGCCGUCUUUUCCCAACGGGGUCCGCAAACGGAGGCUCCAAGGCGCUCUUUGAAUCGUUCGUGUCCGACCACACAUCUCCGUGGGUGCGUCUGUUGACAAGAGCCUGCUCGGCUCUGGGGGUGGACGUCGUGGAGGGCGGCGCGUUCCUCGGUCGUGGUGCCCAUGGCCGUGUGUUCAAGGUCGAGCGGAAAGCCGACAAAAAGGUGCUCGCGCUAAAACUUGUCGACUCAAGCUCCAAGACUGCUCUCUUUCGCGAGGAGUUGGCCCUGACGAAUGCCGAGCUCACAGAAGUUGUCAACCUCUUUGACCUGCUCAGACGGCUCCAUGAGAAGAAUAUCAUCCAUGGAGAUCCCCGCGUGCCGAACGUGAUCGUCGUCAAGGACAACGACAAGGACAAGCUCCUUUGGAUUGACUUGGUGGAAGCUGUCCAGGUGACUCCGGGAUUUCGCACCACGGAUGCUGCUAUUCUCACCCGGUCGAUCCUCCGCUUACUACAUACGUCUUUGCUGGGGGAGCCCUUGGAGUCGCUGAUCAACGAGUAUGGCCAAACCCCGACGAGUGAGAACGCCCACCGUUUGGCCACCGCAGUGUUCCAGUGCACCAAAUUUUCAGCCCGACGUUAG